UAAUAAUAAUAAGAGAAGAAGUAGUAGUAUUAGUAGUAGUAGUAGUAGAAGAAGAAGAAGAUGACCAAAAAAAACAUGAGCUGGAUUGGAGAUUCCCUCUGUGGGAUUUGAGCUGUAAUUGAAACUGAAAGCACCCCCACCCUCCCUCUCUUUCCCCUUCUCUUCCUUUUUUUCUAUUUUUUUACUCUUUUAAAUAAAAUAAAAUAAAAUAAGUGUGAAGUGAAGAAGGGGUUUGUCUAUAAAUAGAGUUUUUAGUCACUCAUUUGUUUUCAUCAAAAGAUUCAGUUUUUAAUUAGUCUUUCUAUUUUUAUAUUAUGGAACUCAUCACAGCAACCUCUGUUCUCUGUUUUCUGGCAAUCUCCAUACUCAUAAUCUCUGUAAUCAAAUCCUUCGUCUCUUCCAAACGAACCACUCUCCCACUUCCACCCGGUACUCUUGGAUUACCAUACAUAGGAGAAACUUUCCAGCUUUACUCCCAAGACCCAAAUGUCUUCUUCACUCAAAAACAGAAAAAGUAUGGUUCCAUAUUCAAAACCCACAUCUUGGGUUGUCCAUGUGUGAUGAUUUCGAGUCCUGAAGCAGUUAAAUUCGUGUUGACAAGAAGUGAACUGUUCAAGCCCACAUUUCCAGCUAGUAAGGAGAAGAUCUUGGGGAAACAAGCUUUAUUCUUCAACCAAGGUGAUUACCACAACAAGUUGAGGAAGAUUGUUCUAAGGGCUUUCUCCCCAGAUGCCAUUAAAUUCAUUGUCUCUGAUAUUGAGACCUUAGCUAAACACUCUCUUCAGUCAAUGGAAGGUCGUUUGAUCAAUACUUAUCAAGAAAUGAAAACAUUCACUUUCAAUGUUGCUCUGUUAUCCAUAUUUGGAAAAGAUGAAAUCUUGUACAGAGAAGAUCUGAAAAGGUGUUAUUACAUACUUGAAAAGGCUUAUAAUUCAAUGCCCAUAAACCUUCCUGGAACACUUUACCAUAAAUCCAUGAAAGCAAGAAAAGAACUUGCUCAGAUCUUGGCUCAAAUUCUGUCAACCAGAAGACAGAACAAGGAAGAAGAACACAAUGACCUUUUGGGGUCUUUCAUGGGAGAGAAAGAAGGGCUUACAGAUGAACAGAUCGCUGAUAACAUCAUUGGAGUGAUAUUCGCAGCUAGAGACACUACAGCAAGUGUUUUGACUUGGAUUCUUAAGUACCUUGGUGAAAACCCUUCUGUUCUUGAAGCUGUCACUGAAGAGCAACGAUCCAUAUUGAAAGGAAAAGAUGAGAAUAGUGGUAGUCUUAGUUGGGGAGAUACAAAGAAGAUGCCUAUUACUACAAGAGUUAUUCAAGAGACACUUAGAGUUGCUUCCAUUUUAUCUUUUACUUUCAGAGAAGCUGUGGAGGAUGUUCAAUAUGAAGGAUAUCUGAUACCAAAAGGGUGGAAAGUGUUACCCCUUUUCAGAAACAUUCAUCACAGUCCAGACUUUUUCCCAGAGCCUGAGAAAUUUGACCCUGCAAGAUUCAAGGUUGCACCUAAACCAAACACAUACAUGCCAUUUGGAAAUGGGGUCCACUCAUGUCCAGGGAAUGAGUUAGCCAAGUUAGAAAUGUUGGUUCUUCUUCACCAUAUAACCACAAAAUACAGAUGGUGUGUUGAAGGUGAUCAGAAUGGUAUACAGUAUGGUCCUUUUGCUCUUCCCCAAAAUGGCUUACCCAUUACAUUGCAUAAGCAAUAACCAAAUAGCCUACAAAAAUAUAUUACAUACAUACCCCUUUCUUUCUUUCUUCUUCUUUAACAAAUCUCUCUCAAUCCUCUAUUAUUAUUUCUAUAAAUAGAAACCAACAAACUCACCUUUUUUUGCUUUUCUCUUCCUUUGACAUCAUCACUCUGUCACUACUCAAUCCUCCCAUAUAAAAUCCUUUUUAUUAUUAUUAUUAUUAAUUACCAUUCUAUUCCAAUUCCAUUAAAUAUAUAUAUUUUUGCAAAAGGCAGGCAAAAGAGAGAGAGACAAGGAGAAAGUCUCCAGCUUUUUUCUCUUUUGGCCAAAGAGAGAGAUAUUCAUUUUCAUACAACAUAGUAACAUAGUAACAUACACUACUACCCUUUCUAUUUCCAUUUCUAUUCUUUUUUCUUUUUGUUGUCCUCUACUACUCUUAUAGUUAGAUAUAUAAUAGAAAAGAAAUUAAUUAGUAAUGAAAAGACCAUAAAGCCAUAAUCCAAGACAAGUGUACAGAAGAAGAGAAUAAGAGAAAAGAAGAGAAGAGAAGAGAAGAGAAGAGUCUUUUCUUCAAAUCAGUGCAAAUGCAAAACAACAAUUAAUUCAACUGUUCUGUUCAUUUUUUGUUUUCGAUUCGGUCCAAUCCAAUAUUGUAUUAUUUAUUAAUUAAUGUAGGUUUCUUAUAUUAACUAAUAUAUUCUAUUUUAUUUUAUUAUAUAUAUGUAUCUUGUAACUUGUUGUUAAUUGAUCAUAAAUGUAAAAGCCGUAAGGCAUGCAUUGCAGAAUGAAUUUUUGAUGAAUAACAAAUUUUAUUCUCUCA